UAGGAAGUGUACAUGCUCAACACAAGAAGAGUCUCUAGGAAAGCACAGUUUUUAAAAGUAUUUUUUUUAAACUGUCAAGUCAAAAUGAAAGUGCAACGGACUUCCACAUGAGGGUGUGGUGUUUGAAGACAAAAUGCAAUCUGUCAGAGCAAUUCAGAUCACUUCACUGAGGCACGUCUCAGUUGCAGUACCUGCUACUCGUCUGCCGACAAAAGCUUUGCACGGUCUGAGAUAUGAAUAACUCAACAGAUUACUGGAUUGAAGAUGAGGAGGAUGAUCUCAACCCUCUUAUAGAUUACAAUACCUAUGAGCUUCUCUGUGAAAAAGGUGAUGUGAGAAAUUUCAGGAAAUUAUUCCUCCCAGUGUUCUAUGCACUUGCUUUCACGGUUGGAGUGGCUGGAAACUCAUUAGUGGUUGCAAUUUAUGCCUACUGCAAGAAACCCAAGACCAAGACAGACGUGUACAUCAUGCACCUUGCCAUCGCUGAUCUGCUCCUGCUCUUCACCCUCCCUUUUUGGGCUGCAAAUGCAGUGCAGGGAUGGGAACUUGGAAACCCGAUGUGCAAGCUCACUUCUUCUCUGUACACCAUGAAUUUCAGCUCCAGCAUGCUGUUCCUGGCCUGUAUCAGCGUGGAUAGAUACAGGGCCACUUCUGACUCCCAGGGCCACAGAAGAGUUGGCAAACACUGCAGUGUUACCUGCAUCUGUGUCUGGCUGGCUGCCACUUUCCUCAGUAUCCCAGAGCUGAUAUUUAAUCAAGUCAAGAAACAUAAUGAGAGGAACGAAUGCCUUCCCGUAUUUCCGAUGAACAUGGAAACACUCUUAAAAUCAACCAUUCAAAUCCUGGAAAUUAUCCUGGAAUUUCUGCUUCCUUUCCUAGUAAUGCUGAUCUGCUAUUCUGCUACUGCUUGGGCAAUCUUUAGGUCUGCAAAUGUUAAGAAGUCCAGGCCUUUCAAGGUUCUGCUGGCAGUAGUGGCUACUUUCAUUGUCACCCAGCUACCCUACAACAUUGUGAAGCUGUGGCGAGCCAUAGACAUCAUCUACAUGUUGGUUACAGACUGCCACACCAGUAAAAUCAUGGAUGUGGCACUCCAGGUCACCAAGAGCAUCGCUUUGUCCCACGCCUGCCUCAACCCUCUCCUCUACGCCUUCCUGGGCGCCUCUUUCAAAAUGCACAUCAUGAAAAUCGCAAAAAAUUAUGGGUACUGGAGAAGACAACAGCAGAAUGGAAGACCUGAGGAAAUUUCUAUGAAUUAUGAAGACCCUACUGAAGAAACAACCAGUUUCACUAUAUAGGCCCUCUAUUGCUUCUAUCAUCUUAUAUAACCAAGGGAACUGUUACCUAAUUCCAGCAAUUCCAGGGGGUAUUGCUUCUACAGCUGUUUCUCUGCAAGUCAGCUUUCAGAAGAAUUUCUGAACUUGCCAAUACACCACAAAGCACUUCAAAGUGGAAUGUGUUUAUCAGAAUCAAGGAAGAACUGAAUACUGAAACCCCUAGAAACAACCUGAGAUAUUUACUAAAAAACAUCAAUGAACUCAAACAAAAUAAACCCACCACAACAAAACCCAAAUUUCAAAGUGUCACAGUACUAGGCAAUUAAGUAACUGCUAUUGUAAAUCUUUUGCCAGGCCAUCAUAUUUAUUCAUCCUUCCCAACAAGUAACUAUGUAAUGAACAACCUGUACAUGUGAUUAAAACAGAGAAAAAAAAACUAUCACCAAUCAAACAACAGGAACCUUUGUACCAGAGGUUAAUAGUUUUGUGUUUCUCCAACUAUUUUGUAAAACUUUAGAACUUUUGCCUAACAGUUCAGCUCCAUUUCUCAACUCAACUAUCAUUCCAUAGAUAUCCUUGCAGAUUGAAAUUAAGUACAAGCUUAUGGUUGAGAAUUGAGAGGGAGAAAUAGGAGGGAAAAGCCUUGUGUUUCUACAAAUGUAUAGCAACAACAACAUCCUCCACAAAAACACCCCAGCAACUCCUUUUCUAUAACUACAGAAAAAAAUACCUGUCAUCUCUUCUCUUCUGCUCACCCUAAACUUCAACAAGACCAGUGCUCUAGGGGUGGCUGGCUUAUUCUAGAUUUUUAUAAACGUAGUAAAAAGUUCAGGUUAUCUUCAGAUACAAGGCCUGGAUUUUUUAUUUAGAAUUGUUAAAAUUAAUCAAGCACUGCAAUAACUGUAUCUGCUAAAAUAUAUGAAAAUACAAUAAAAUCAAAGA